AUGGGAUAUCACGUGACACUAUUUGGUCGUCCUAAUGUUGGCAAAAGCAGUUUUUUAAAUUGUUUGGCUCGGAGACAAGCAGUUAUUGUUUCAUCAAUUCCUGGUACAACGCGUGAUGUAAUUGAAAUUUCAUUGAAUAUUGGUGGAUACCCAAUUAUUAUUGGAGAUACUGCUGGAUUAAGACAAUCUGAUGACAUUGUGGAAAUCGAAGGAAUCAAACGAGCCAAGGAUCGUAUACUUUCAGCCGACAUAAAAAUAUGUAUUCUUUCUAGCGUUGAAGUUUUAAAAAUUUUCAACUCUAACGAUGAGAAUUCAUUUAGAGUCAUAAGUCCUUUGAUUAAUGAAUCAUUGGACAAAUCUACCUUUCUGAUUCUUAAUAAAAGUGAUCUUUUAAAUGUAUCUGAAUUGGCUCAUUUGAAAAAAGCAGUUGCCAAAAUAAUAUUUUUUGAUUUAAAAAGCGAUUCGUUAAGGCUUUUGUACUGUG